ACUCAUCCUGCUCGCAACCUCGAGGAGACAGCCAUGGACUUGCGGCGGUUUGCGCAGACUCAAAAAGCGAAGACGUCCAGCCCGUCUCGUAUGAGCACAUCACCAAUCGCUCACGUUUCUUUGCCGUCCACCCCCAUUCGUGGCGCCGCAAUGCAGGCUACUCAGCAUACUCGCCUUGUGUACCCCAUUUCUCCUGUGACAUCACCGUCUCUCUCUGCAUCCACAGCAUUUGACUGGGAGGCAGCUCGGUCCAGCAGACCGCCACCGUACUCUAGUCCUGCGGCGAGGCGUGUACGAAAUGUCAGACAGAGCGAUGUGGGCACAGGGUCGCCAGGACCCGCGACGCCUGGAGGUCAUAGAAGAGGAAGAAUUGUGCGGAAGAAGGGAUUGAUUGAACGGAUUACCGCUUUGCCUGCGGCGAUAGCCUUCGAACUCUCGCUUUUCCCUUAUAACGUUCCACUGCCAGCAUCAAGAACUUUGGCAUGGCUUAUCGGUGGUUUCUUGCAUUUCUUAAGCGUCUGUGUGUGCAUCUCGCGCAUCCGAUCUCUGCGAGACUCGGACUUGGGCUGGGAGGAUAUGUAUCGAGAGGAAGAAGGGAAGUCAUGGUUUGACUGGGCUUUCUACACAACUCUGCUUUCGUUGGUCACUUCGUUCACUCAUGCUUUGUACUUCUUCACACGCACCCGACUCUACCAGCUAGCGAUGGCCGCUGGAAAUGUCCCUUCUCCACACGCCAAACUCGUUCCUCGUCCUCAGAGCCCCCGUGCAUCGUCUAAUGACGAGGAUGAGACUGCGCAUGCCAGUCACAUUGGACCUCUCCUGCUGUCCAUGCUUCGCAACCUGUGGCACGGACUCGUGGUUUCUGCCCGAUUCCUACUCAACCUCGAGCCGCCCAAGGAUAGGCAGACAUCCUUCACGCUUAACGGAACGGAGAAGAUUCAGGAGCUAGAAGUUUGGAUUCCCUCGGAACUAGGUCGGGAGUUGUUCGCCAUUUACUCGCCUGUGCAUGCACUUCUCUGGACUGGAGUGACGACUGCGAACUGGAUGCUGAUGGGCAUCAUCAUGGUCGUGACCACCAUGCAAAUACGGGUGACGACGCGUUCCUACGAACAGCUUAUCAAAGAUCGCGCAAUCAUUGCUGCAGAGGUGCUCCACGAGUAUGAUGUGAAGUUUGUAAUCCCUCAUGUCAAUCCCAUCCGCAAGGAUGCGGCCGUUAUGACGCAUGAGAGUGAGGUCGUGAACGCGUGGGGAAAAUAAAGGAACCCUAUGCCAUCAUCAUUCGUCGGUUAUCCUGCUCUGCCGUGGACAUCAGGUUGCUCUCUGGAAUUGCUUUCUGCACGCGCAUAUCGCAAGCUCGUAUUCAGCUUUACAUUUGGAGUUCUCCACAAGUCUGGGGUGAACAAUAUCCUAUACCACUGCAACUAUGAUUUCCAGCAUGUGUCAAUGUAUAUAUAUAUCCCUUUCUUACGAUGGUAACGGUGUAUUUGAGUGUCGUGAAGUAGCACGACGCCAAAACAUGCUGCAUCGUGCCAAUCUUGAUAUCGUUGGCAGUCUCGGCAACUACUGUGACCGACGUUGACAGCUCUCCACAGAUUCGACUAGAAUGUCCGCCUUAUCGUCGUAACG